AUGCCUCAUCGGACGCCCAUUGGUGUCACUAUUUCUAUUCAAAAUCGUAUACGCUCCUUCCGUUCUAAAUCAUCGAGUACCUCAACAAUCAUUUCUUCAUCGCGUCAAAAGGAUCCAAACGAUACCGUAAGCCGCAAGUUUCUCUUCAGGAUGACUCACCCCUGUUCAUCGAAACGAGACUCUGCUAUCACUAUGUCUAAGGAGAGUCUCCUUGACUACCAUGAUGGUACUUUUAUGCCUCAAGGAGAUGGAUGCUCUUCUAGCAAGGGAGCAGAUGAUGCAGAAGAACGUGCCGUACAAGUUGUCGAAGCAGGAUUUGCUGCAGCAAGCAAUCCAAAGACAGCAAUGCCAUCAUUCUUGAAAAUUUCACAUGACGAAAUGAAGGAAAAAUAUGCCCUAUUGACGAAAGCAGAAGAAGAUCGUUUGGCUAACAAAGAUGAUCCCAAGUGGGCGAGAGAAGAACCGGACCGUGAACUCGAUCGUUAUGCCAACGUACAUCCAUGGGCUGCCAACCGUAUCAGACUCAUCGUCCCCGAAGGUUAUAACGAUUACAUCAACGCAUCCCCUGUUACUUUGACAUCUACUGCAGAGAAGCAAAGUACGAUGAAGAAAGGUCUUCAAGAUAAGUACAUCUGUAUGCAAGGUCCGAAGUCUCAAACUGUCGAUCAUACGUGGCAUAUGAUGUGGCAUUCAAUCUCAGUACCAGAUAAUGCAGCACCUGGUGUCAUCAUCAUGCUUAGUCCUCUUGUUGGACCUAAUCCUGCUAAGCCUGACGAGAUGAUGGAGAAAUGUUAUCAAUACUAUCCUAUGAGUGAAGAGGAUCCACCUCUUGUUGUUAACGAAACAGGAGCUCUAGGAGAAGACUUUAAGGCCCAGGUUCGAUUCGUGCAGAGAGAAGAUAACAUUGAGGGUACUGGUAUCGAGGUUCGUAAACUCGCCAUGUCUGUGGAGAAUGAAGACGAAGAGAAGAUUAUUUGGCAUUUCUUCUACCCUCUCUGGCCUGAUAUGGGCUCGUUGAACAGUCAAAACGUCAAGAGUGUCUUGACAUUGAUGGAUCUCUCUCGAGCGAAAAAUGUAGAGGAAGAGAAUCCAAGAGUUGUACAUUGCAGCGCUGGUGUUGGAAGAACCGGUACUUUCGUUGCUUUGGAGUUUUUGUUGGGAGAACUUCAAGGUGGAGCUUGGGAAGGGUGGGAUCAGUCAGAAGAGAAAGGUAACGAUGCCAUCUUUGAGACGGUCGAUCAAUUGCGUCAACAAAGAAAGACUAUGGUACAAGCAGUGGAGCAAUAUAUUUUCUUGUAUGAAGUGUUGAGAAAACUGUGGGAAGAAAAGUAUAGGUUACCAUGUAUUGGUGGCGAACAUACUCACGAUUCUCCUCCUGAGGAGGGAAAAAAUCCUGUCUUCAGAGCCAUCCCAGCGGCUAAAUAGCUUAACGAUGAAAGCCUAUUGGCAUUCGGUAGAUGGAGGGGUUUUGGAGAUGAAUUUGUGCUAUUACUUGCUCUUUCUACUUGGUGUUGUGUUUGGAGACGAUUAAGAGGUGGUUAAUGGGAGGGAAGGAGAGAUAAUACCUCUGUAUGAAGCUAGAACGAAACACGACUGAACC